AUGAGGACUAAAUGUGGAAUUGGUGCAAAACUCGGAGGACCAAAAGUGGAAUUUCUUCGAUGGAAUCACAAGAACCCUUUGAGUUUACGAAUACCAGGCAGUCUGCUAGUUACCCCAUACCCCAAUUGAAUAUGAACCAAUUUAAUCCUCUUCCCACUUACACCAUGCCAUCACACAAUCUGAAUACUUUCAGUCCACCUUCUGGUUACUCUAUCCCAUCUCACAAUAUGAACCAAUUCACUCCACCCAUCUAUCAUGUUGAUCCAAAAAAUGGAACUUUUCCAUUGCAUUUUGAGCAGAAUAACUCACAUGGAUUCUCCUACCAAGAAUUGUUGAAUGCACCCAUUAUGACCUCUCCAAUUUGUGAGACCACCAAGGCAUCAAAAAAGAGAGUCAAGGACACAAAAAACCCUGACAUUUCUCAACCUUCUACUCCUCAACCUUCCAUUCUUAGAAAGGAUUGGUCUAUUGAAGAGGAAGUUGCACUAACAGAGGCAUGGCUAAAUGUUUCUGUGGAUGCUGAUGUGGGUAAUAAUCAGAAAAAUGCUGCCAUGUGGAACCGUGUCUUAGAAGUUUGGAAGGAAAAAAUGGGGCCAGAUCACAAGAUAGCAAGAAACAACAAUAGCAUGCAAUGCCAUUGGCACCUAAUACGAUCUACAGUAAGUAAAUUUGUCGCAAAGUAUGAGCAGUUGGAACGUUGCUCACGAAGUGGUACAAAUAAGGAGGACUUGGUGAUAAAAGCACUACGCUUGUAUGAAGAUUUUUAUGCAACUCCAU